GCACGAACGGCAGUUAUUAUAGAGAAACGAAACGAGAGAUAUUGGAAUAUAAACGAAGUCUACAGGACUUUUACCGAGCGAACGAACGAACAGAACAAAAUGCCAGCCAUCGGAAUUGAUUUGGGAACCACCUACUCCUGUGUUGGAGUCUGGCAACAAGGCAAGGUCGAGAUCAUCGCCAACGACCAGGGUAACCGAACGACACCUAGCUACGUCGCCUUCACGGACACGGAACGGCUGAUCGGCGAUGCGGCGAAGAACCAGGUGGCGAUGAACCCGGCUAACACGGUGUUCGACGCCAAAAGGUUAAUCGGCCGCAGGUACGACGACCCCAAGAUCCAGAACGACCUCAAGCAUUGGCCGUUCCGUGUGGUCAACGAGGGCGGCAAGCCGAAGAUCCAGGUGGAGUUCAAGGACGAGACGAAGAGAUUCAACCCCGAGGAGAUCAGCUCGAUGGUCUUGACGAAGAUGAAGGAGACCGCGGAAGUUUACCUGGGCGAGAAGGUGCGGGAUGCCGUCAUUACGGUGCCCGCAUACUUCAACGACUCGCAGCGUCAAGCCACCAAAGACGCAGGAGCGAUCGCUGGUCUCAACGUCCUCAGGAUCAUCAACGAACCCACGGCCGCCGCUCUCGCCUACGGUCUGGACAAGAACUUGAAGGGCGAGAGAAACGUCCUGAUCUUUGAUCUAGGAGGCGGUACGUUCGACGUUUCCAUCCUUACCAUCGACGAGGGCUCGUUGUUCGAGGUGAAAUCCACGGCGGGUGAUACCCACCUGGGUGGCGAAGAUUUUGACUCGAGAUUGGUGGACCAUCUUUGCAAGGAGUUUGAGAGGAAGUACAGAAAGAACCUGAAGAGCAAUCCCAGGGCCCUGCGUCGCUUGAGAACCGCAGCGGAGAGAGCGAAGCGUACCCUGUCUUCCAGUACGGAGGCUACCAUUGAGAUCGACGCUUUGUUCGAGGGCAUCGACUUCUACACCAAGAUCUCCAGAGCACGCUUUGAGGAGCUGUGUUCUGACUUGUUCCGCUCCACCUUGGAACCAGUAGAGAAGGCCCUUGCUGACGCAAAACUGGAUAAAAGAUCCAUCCAUGACGUCGUUCUCGUCGGUGGCUCGACGCGCAUACCCAAGAUCCAGUCAAUGCUGCAGAACUUCUUCUGUGGCAAGCAACUUAACCUUUCCAUCAACCCUGACGAAGCGGUUGCGUACGGAGCAGCUGUUCAGGCUGCGAUUCUUUCGGGCGAAGGGAACAAGAGCUCCGCUCUUCAGGAUGUUCUGCUGGUGGACGUUGCUCCUCUCUCCCUUGGCAUCGAAACUGCUGGUGGCGUUAUGACCAACAUCAUCGAACGCAAUGCACGUAUCCCGUGCAAACAGUCGCAGACGUUCACCACUUACUCCGAUAACCAACCUGGAGUUACCAUUCAGGUGUACGAGGGAGAGAGAGCGAUGACCAAGGAUAACAACUUGCUGGGAAGAUUCGAACUGAGUGGAAUUGCUCCUGCACCACGUGGCAUUCCCAAGAUCGACGUCACCUUUGACAUCGAUGCCAAUGGGAUACUCCACGUAACGGCCAAGGACACUGCCAGUGGUCGAAGCAACGAUGUCCGAAUUACCAAUGACAAGGGACGUCUUUCGAGAGAGGAAAUCGAUAGGAUGUUGGCCGAGGCAGAGCGGUACAAAGAUCAAGACCGAGAGCAGAGGGAGAAAGUGGAUGCAAGGAACAAGAUCGAAAGCUACGUCUUCUCGGUGAAGCAAGCCGUCCAGGACUGUGGAUCCAAACUCAUCCAAUCCGACAAGGAUAAGAUAAUGCAGCUCUGUGACGAAACCAUCCGCUGGCUCGACAAUAACACCUUAGCCGAGAAGGACGAGUACAUGCACAAACUAGAAGAAAUUCAACGGCAGUGUUCUCCCGUUAUGGCCAAAAUUCAUCAAGGAGGACAACAGCAGGACUGCGGAGCACAAUUCCGACAACAGGGAGCCAAUGAUAGCUACUCGGGUCCAACAGUUGAGGAGGUGGACUAAACAUCAUUAAUUUCAAUUGGAAACAUUUGUUAGAUAUCUUGCCAAGACUGAUCCAUUUUCAUUAUUCAUUUCCUUCCUAAAUAUGACAUUCAUAGUUAUCUGAAUUUAAUUGAUUAAUUCCGGCAAACUUGAUUUAAGAUUACGAAGACUGACAUUUCAUUCUGUGAAUGAGAUCUAUGUAUUAAAUAUUAUUGCAAGUUAAUAAUACAAAUAAAUUUUAAUUUUUUUUAAUAAA